AGCUCUGGCUUUGCAUCAUUGACAUUUGAGGGAACUUUGGGAGCUCCUGUCAUACCUCGUACGUCAAGCAAGUAUUUUAACUUUACUACUGAGGACCAAAAAAUGGUAGAAGCCUUACGUGUUUGGGCAUCUACUCAUAUUUCACCUUCUUGGACAUUACUAAAAUUGUGUGAUGUUCAGCCAAUGCAGUAUUUUGACCUGACUUGUCAGCUCUUGGGCAAAGCAGAAGUGGAUGGAACAUCAUUUCUUCUAAAGGUGUGGGAUGGCACCAGGACACCAUUCCCAUCUUGGAGAGUCUUAAUACAAGACCUUGUGCUUGAAGGUGAUUUAAGUCACAUCCAUCGGCUACAGAAUCUGACAAUAGACAUUUUAGUCUACGAUAACCAUGUUCAAGUGGCAAAAUCUCUGAAGGUUGGAAGCUUUCUUAGAAUCUAUAGCCUCCAUACCAAACUUCAGUCAGUGAAUUCAGAGAACCAGACAACAUUAAGUCUGGAGUUUCAUCUUCAUGGAGGUACCAGUUAUGGUCGGGGAAUCAGGGUCUUGCCAGAAAAUAACUCUGAUGUGGAUCAGCUGAAAAAGGCUUUAGAAUCUGCAGAUUUGACAGCCAAUCAGCUUUCAGAUGGUAUCUGUCAAUCAGAACCUGAGGACAGCGUACCAAGCUCUGGAUCAGUAUCAUUAUAUGAGGUAGAAAGAUGUCAACAGCUAUCUGCUACAAUACUUACAGAUCAUCAAUAUUUAGAGAAAACACCACUGUGUGCCAUUUUGAAACAAAAAGCUCCUCAACAGUAUCGCAUCCGAGCAAAAUUGAGGUCAUAUAAACCCAGAAAACUCUUUCAGUCUGUUAAACUUCAUUGUCCUAAAUGUCAUUCACUGAAAGAAGUUCCACAUGAGGGCAAUUUGGAUAUGAUUUUUCAAGAUGUUGCAGCUAAAACCCCAGAUAUCAAACUACAAAAUACAUCAUUAUAUGAUUCAAAAAUCUGGACUACAAAAGAUCAAGGAGGACGCAAAGUGGCUGUUCAUUUUGUGAAAAAUAAUGGUAUUCUCCCACUUUCAAAUGAAUGUCUAAUUUUAAUAGAAGGAGGUACACUCAGUGAAAUCUGCAAACUUUCAAACAAGUUUCAUAGUAUAAUUCCUGUGAGAUCUGGCCAUGAAGACCUGGAGCUCCUGGACCUUUCAGCACCAUUUCUUAUACAAGGAAAAUCAUAUCACUAUGGAUGUAAGCAGUGUUCUAGCUUGAGACCAAUACAAAAUCUAAAUUCCGUGGUCGAUAAAACGUCAUGGAUUCCUUCUUCUGUGGCAGAAGCAUCAGAAAUCCUAGUGGAUAAUGACCUUCAGAAAAGUAUGGAUAUGAUCAUGGAUAUGAUUUGUCCUUCAAGAAUAAAAAUUGAUUCCUAUCCAUGGUUGGAAUGCUUCAUCAAGUCAUAUAAUGUCACAAAUGGAAUAGAGCAGCAAAUUUGCUAUCAGAUUUUUGACACCACAGUUGCAGAAGAUCUUAUCUAAUAUUGCCAUUCAACUUAAUAUAUGUAAAAUAUUGUAA